AUAAACCUUCAUAAUGAGUGGAGUUUCGCGCACGAGAGUCAACGAAACACUUUCUUCGCAGUCUCUCUCUCUCUCUCUGUGGCGGCUUGGCUCUCAAGCACUUUAAUUAUUCGUUGUAGCAAGUUGACCAUUCUUUUCCAUACUUUAAUUCCAAUGGAUUCAAGUGGUUUUCGUUGUCGUAUAUCGGAACGAUUCAGCAAUGGUUCUGACUUCAAUUUCUCCGUCAGUCUUCCCAAUCUUGUGAUCCAAGUCAACUUCAUCUUCGUUCCCUCCCACUUUCUUCCGACGUUAAUGUUCUCAAGUUUGUAUUGUCUCCGCAACCUCCCACAUUCAGAUCCCAAUUCCUCUUUCUUCGGUUUCCUUGUUCAUAGAUUCGAUCUGGUUCGUCUCCCGAUAAUCUCUUUCGGCUUUAUUUUGGUUGCCCACAAAGUGUUUGAUCUUUGAUGUCGCCUAAUUUUGGAUUUUGAGUUCUGGGUUUUGCACAAGCUGUCGGAAAGUUGAUCGGACUGGCUUCAAGUCUCGAGCUUUUUCGUUGAUUUGUUUGUCUCAAUGGCGUGUCAUCCUGUUUAUAAUGAAAAUCUAUCAUUUGGAGGAUCAAGCCAUGGUCAGGGCCAACAAUCUGUGCCGUUUGCGACGAAUAGCGGAUCGUUGAGGGUUCUGUUAUUACACGGGAACUUGGACAUCUGGGUUAAGGAGGCUAAAAACCUCCCUAACAUGGAUAUGUUCCACAACAAGCUCGGCGAGAUAUUUUCCGGUUUUGACAAGAAAUCCAGCAACAAAGUUGGAGGUCAAAGGUCCUCUAAGAUCACCAGUGAUCCCUACGUUACUGUCUCCGUGUCUGGUGCUGUAAUUGCCAGAACUUUCGUGAUGAAUAACAGCGAAAACCCAAUGUGGAUGCAGCAUUUUGAUGUCCCAGUGGCUCAUAAUGCCGCGGAAGUCCACUUUGUGGUGAAAGACAAUGACAUUUUUGGCUCACAGAUUAUUGGAGCGGUCGGAAUCCCAGCCGAGCAACUAUGGUCGGGAAAUCAGAUCGAAGGGUUUUUCCCGAUCCUUAACAGUAGUGGGAAACCUUGUAAAUCAGGUGCUGUGUUGAGUUUGUCCAUUCAAUACACACCAAUGGAGAGGAUAAGCCUUUACAAAAUGGGAGUAGGGUCUGGUCCUGACUAUGUCGGAGUCCCCGGUACUUAUUUCCCAUUAAGAAAAGGCGGUAGGGUUACUCUCUAUCAGGAUGCUCAUGUUGAUGAUGAAUGUAAGCUACCAAAUAUAAAUCUUGAUGGUGGAAUUCAGUAUAGACAUGGAAGAUGCUGGGAGGAUGUGGCCAGGGCCAUAAGUCAGGCUCGAAGAUUGGUUUAUAUCACAGGCUGGUCUGUCUACCAUCCGGUUAGGCUGGUUCGGCAUAAUAAUGAUCCAACUGAUGGCACAUUGGGAGAGUUGCUUAAAUCCAAGUCACAAGAAGGUGUGAGAGUGCUGCUUCUUGUGUGGGAUGAUCCGACCUCUAGGAACAUUUUGGGCAUCAAAACUCAAGGAGUGAUGGGCACAAGCGACGAGGAGACUCGCGAGUUUCUCAAGCAUUCGUCGGUGCAAGUUCUUUUAUGUCCUAGGUCUGGUGGGAAAGGCCACAGCUUUAUAAAAAAUUCUGAAGUCGGAACAAUCUACACUCAUCAUCAAAAGACCGUGAUUGUAGAUGCUGAUGCGGGUCAGAACAGAAGAAAGAUCGUAGCUUUUGUCGGUGGGCUCGAUCUUUGCAACGGACGAUAUGAUACCCCUAAGCACUCUCUGUUUAGGACCUUGCAGACAUUGCAUAAAGAUGACUUCCAUAACCCGAAUUUUGUGACUACAGCGGAUGAUGGACCAAGGGAACCAUGGCAUGAUUUGCAUGCUCGGAUCGAUGGUCCUGCUGCCUAUGAUGUGCUCGCAAACUUUGAGGAGCGUUGGCUUAAAGCUUCAAAACCUCGAGGACUUGGGAUGCUAAAGACAUCUCGAGAUGAUUCCUUACUGAGGAUAGAAAGAAUUCCUGACAUUAUGGGAAUAUCUGAAAUUUCUACUUCUAAUGACAACGACCGAGAGUCUUGGCAUGUCCAGGUUUUCCGAUCAAUUGAUUCAAGCUCUGUCAAAGGGUUUCCAAAGGACCCCAGAGAAGCUACAAGCAGAAACCUCUUAUGUGGGAAGAACAUACUCAUAGACAUGAGCAUACAUGCUGCUUAUGUUAAGGCCAUACGCUCUGCCCAACAUUUCAUCUACAUCGAGAACCAGUAUUUUCUCGGGUCAUCCUUCAACUGGGAUUCAAACCAAGACUUGGGUGCGAAUAAUCUCAUUCCGAUGGAAAUUGCGCUCAAGAUAGCGAACAAAAUUAGGGCAGGGGAGAGGUUUGCGGUGUACAUAGUUAUUCCAAUGUGGCCGGAAGGUGCUCCAACAAGCAAACCUAUUCAGAGAAUUCUCUUUUGGCAGCAUAAAACCAUGCAAAUGAUGUAUGAAACCAUCUACAAGGCUCUCGUGGAGGUUGGUCUCGAUGGGCAGUACGAGCCGCAAGACUAUUUGAACUUCUUCUGUCUUGGAACUAGAGAGGUGCCUGAUACGACCGUCAAUGUAUAUAAUCCCCGGAAUCAAGCUCAGGCAAACCCAGUUAAGGAGCAAGUGUUGAAGAGCAGGAGAUUCAUGAUAUAUGUACAUUCCAAAGGAAUGAUAGUGGAUGAUGAGUAUGUGAUAAUAGGUUCUGCAAACAUUAACCAGAGAUCCUUGGAAGGAACCAGAGACACUGAAAUUGCAAUGGGAGGGUAUCAACCCCAUCAUACAUGGGCAAGGAAAAGAUCUCAUCCUUGUGGCCAGAUCUAUGGAUACAGAAUGUCAUUGUGGGGAGAGCAUCUAGGGUUUGUGGAGAAAGGAUUUGAGAAGCCAGAGAGCUUGGAAUGCGUCAGAAGGGUGAGGCAAGUGAGCGAGCUCAACUGGUUGCAGUUCGCAGCAGAAGAGGCGACUGAGAUGAAAGGCCAUCUCCUCAAGUACCCUCUUCAUGUCGACCGUACCGGAAAAGUCGGAGCUCUUCCUGGCUGCGACGCUUUCCCAGAUGUCGGCGGCAAGAUCUUGGGUUCGUUUCUUGCGGUGCAAGAAAACCUCACCAUCUGAAUCCCACAUGUUGUCGGAUCCUUUUUCCCACUUUAACAACGAAAGGGUCAUAAAAAAAAUAUAAAAUGUGAUUCGUGACGGACCACGAUGCUGAAUGAUUAUAGCCUUGUGUUAUAUUAUUUUUAUGUUUUUAAUUUGUGAGAAACAAUUGAAACAUCUCCUUUUCAGCUUAA